CGUUCCCCCGCGCCGCGCGACUCUUUCCCUGCGGGCAGCUGCAGGCGGAGCGCGGGCAGGGGCUGGCGGCGAGGGCAGGGGCGUCACGGAGCCACCCCGGGGAGCGCCGGGUUAUGGUGCUGCCGGGCUGAUUGCCGGGACGCAGCGAGGCGGUGGCGGGGGUCGAGCCCGGAGCCAUGGAGGGGCCCGGUCAGGAGGCCUACGAGGAGACGAUGAGGAGGACCCUGGACCCCGAGGGCUACGAGGACCCCGGCAUAAAGGACUCCCGCCUAUCGCUGGGGGAGAUGAGCAGGGCCAGCGCCGGCACCGGGUCCCCCUUGCACGCGUGGAGGGCCAGAGCCGAGGAGCUGACGCCCCUGCGCCAGUAUUUGCCCAGCCGCCGGGGAUGCUAUGACGUGGAUGGGAGGAGGCGCGCGGCCGGGGCCCCCCCCGGGACAGGCGAGCCGCCAAGGGGACGGGGUGAGCCUGUCCCCGUGACCGAUGUGGAUCUGGAGGCGGCGGGGAGCACGAGGCCUGUGUCCCAGCGAGAGACCCAUGAGGGCUACGUGGAGCUGCACGAGCUGGUCAUGGACAACAGAAAGGAGCUGUACUGGAUGGAGGCCAGCCACUGGCUCAAACUGGAGGAAGACUUCAAGGAAGCCGGGCACUGGGGCCAGCCCCAUCUCUCCUUCCUGACCUACCGCAGCCUCCUGGAUAUCCGACGGGCUUUGCCCAAAGGCGCCGUGCUCCUCAACGUGGCGGCCACCUCGCUGGCGGCCAUCGCCCACAUCCUCAUCGACCAGAUGAUCUACGAGGGGCAGAUCAAGCCGCAGGACCGCGAUGACAUCCUGAGGACGCUGCUGCUGGAGCACAAGCACCCCGGCGAGGUCAAGCAGUUUGGGACCCUGUCACCGGCGCAGCUGCAGCGCUCGGGCACGGGCCGGGCAGAGACGGAGCAGCCGCUGCUGCGGGAGCAGCAGCCCCUGGAGAUGCGCAGGCUGGCCGGGGCCGAGCAGAGCCCGAGCGGGGCCACUAGACCCCAGCUCCCUGAGAAGGUCCCCAAGGAUGCCGAGGCCACGCUGGUCCUCGUGGGCUGCGCAGCCUUCCUGGAGCAGCCGACGCUGGCCUUCAUGCGCCUGAAGAACGCGGUGACGCUGGACACCGUCCUCAACGUGUCCCUACCCGUCCGCUUCCUCUUCGUGGUCCUGGGCCCCGACAGCCCCCACAUCAGCUACCACGAGAUCGGCCGCACCAUCGCCACCAUGAUGUCUGAGAGGGUCUUUCGCCGGGACGCCUACCUGGCCGAGAGUCGCCAGGAGCUGCUGAAGGGGGUGGACGAUUUUCUGGAGGCCAGCAUCGUCCUGCCGCCCACCGACACCAUUAACGAGCAGCUCCUCCGCAGCCUGGUGCCACUGCAGCACGAGCUGCUCCGCCGCCGCCACCAGCCCCCCGAGAAAGCGCCGGCCAAGGAUUUCCUAAAAGACCUGAGGCUGGAAGAACCGGUGCCGGAGGACGACGACCCCCUGCGCAGGACGGGGAGACCUUUUGGGGGGCUGGUGCGGGACAUCCGCCGCCGGUACCCCAAAUAUCUCAGCGACAUCAAGGAUGGCUUGAGCCCCCAGUGUCUGGCCGCCAUCAUCUUCAUCUACUUUGCGGCGCUGUCACCUGCUAUCACCUUUGGAGGCUUGCUGAGUGAGAAGACCAACGGCAUGAUGGGGGUGUCGGAGCUGCUCCUCUCCACCUGCGUGCAGUGCGUCCUCUUCAGCAUCCUCAGUGCCCAGCCCCUGCUCGUCGUCGGCUUCUCAGGGCCCCUCCUCGUCUUCGAGGAAGCCUUCUACUCGUUCUGCAAUAGCUAUGGCAUGGAGUACAUCGUGGGCCGGGUCUGGAUCGGCUUCUGGCUGAUCCUGCUGGUGCUGGUGGUGGUGGCCUGCGAGGGCAGCUUCCUGGUGCGCUACCUGUCCCGCUACACCCAGGAGAUCUUCUCCUUCCUCAUCUCCCUCAUCUUCAUCUACGAGACCUUCUACAAGCUUGUCACGAUCUUCAAGGAUCACCCGCUACAGCGGAUUUACAGCACGGUGGACGUAAUUGACCCCACGGUGCCAGAGCCCAACACGGCGCUGCUGUCCCUCGUCCUCAUGGCCGGCACCUUCUUCCUCGCCUUCUUCCUUCGCAAGUUUAAGAAUAGCGCUUUCCUGCCUGGCAGGGUCCGGCGCUUGAUCGGGGACUUUGGGGUGCCCAUUUCCAUCUUCAUCAUGGCGCUGGUCGACUUCUUCAUCAAGGACACGUACACGCAGAAACUGAAUGUCCCCAAAGGGCUGGAGGUCACCAACGCGUCCGCCCGGGGCUGGUUUAUCAACCCCAUGGGGAAGGACAACAGCUUCCCCAUCUGGAUGAUGUUCGCCUCCGUGGUGCCCGCCCUCCUGGUCUUCAUCCUCAUCUUCCUCGAGACACAGAUCACCACCCUCAUCGUCAGCAAGCCCGAGAGGAAGCUGGUGAAAGGCUCCGGCUUCCACCUGGACCUGCUGCUGAUCGUGGCCAUGGGGGGGCUGGCCGCCCUCUUCGGCAUGCCCUGGCUCAGCGCCACCACCGUCCGCACCAUCACCCACGCCAACGCCCUCACCGUCAUGAGCAAGACCUCCGCUGCUGGCGAGAAGUCCCAGAUCUUGGAGGUCAAGGAACAACGCGUGAGCGGCUUCUUUGUGGCCUUACUCAUCGGCAUCUCCAUCCUCAUGGAGCCCAUCCUAAAGUACAUCCCGCUGGCCGUGCUCUUCGGCAUCUUCCUCUACAUGGGCGUCACCUCCCUCUUUGGCAUCCAACUCUUUGACCGCAUCCUGCUCUUGCUGAUGCCACCCAAGUACCACCCCAGAGAGCCCUACGUCACCCGGGUGAAGACUUGGCGGAUGCACCUCUUCACCUUCACCCAGAUCAUCGUCCUCGGGCUGCUGUGGGUGGUGAAGUCCACCCCGGCCUCGCUGGCGCUGCCCUUCGUCCUCAUCCUCACCGUGCCCCUGCGGCGCUUACUGCUGCCCAGGAUCUUCCAGGACAUCGAGCUCAAAUGCCUGGACGCGGACGAUGCCGUGGUGACCUUCGAAGAGACGACGGGCACGGACGUGUACAACGAGGUGCAGAUGCCCAGCUAAGGGCUCACUGCCACCCGCCCCCCCCCGGAUGGCCCAGCACCCCCCUGGUCUCCCCCCACCUGCUUAUAGCUCCACUGCUGCCAUCCUGGGGCUGCUGGGUGACAGAGAACUUGGGGACACGGCCCCGGUCCCCACCUUGUGAAUGGAGACUUUUUUUUUUUUUCUUUUCCCUUUUUUCCCCUUUUUUUAAAAAUAUUUUGGAUGGUGUGGUCUCACCCGCACUUUGCUACCCGCUGGGGAAGAGGCUGCCUGGGCUGGGGGGGGGGGGGGUCCCACAGGCCACCCCCCACCCCAUGGCAGGGUGGGAUAGCCUGUGUCCCAUGUCACUGUCCUGUCCCCAAGGCCACCCUGGGGCUGUGACCGGGCACGGGAAGGAGCUGGAGGAAGACUCCCGAGCCCGGAGACAGGAGGAAGGCAGGGACGGGGUGACAUGGCAGGGAUGGAGAUGCAGCAGGAUGGGGUCCCCCCCCAUUCCCCCCAGCCCCGCUGCCUCCCCCGGGGAGUCCCCCCCGCCCAGCCCCUCUUCCCCAGACGAACUUUCAGUGCUAACGAGCGCGAGCUGGGACAGAUCCUUCACCCCAUGGAGCCCUUUUCCCCAUCGUUUUGCUCCGGCGAGAGCAUCCCGGCGGCUCCGCUCUGCGCUCAUGGCCGCUCACAGCAUCUCCCAGGGUCAGGAUGUAAAUAGUCUAGCGAGGGGAUUUAUAUAUUUGCAAUGAAGAUAAUCAUGGUAAACCCCCCCCCCCCCCAAAAAAAAAUUAUGCUGACGCUUCCGCAGGUAGGAUUCACGUAGAACCAAACAAAAAUCCCAAAAAAGGCCAGAAAAGUGCCUUAAAAAAAGAAAAAAAUGAGGGGGAAAAAAAAAAAAAAGCAGCUGCAAGGAGUGAUCUGUAUAUUUGAUGCUAGCGAUUGGGGGAGUCUGUAAUUUAUUUCUAAAGGCUGAUUGUGCUCCUGCCCACGGCGGGGGCCGUGUGCGUGUGUGUGUAUAUACUAGAGAGAAACUAUAUAAAAAUUUACAAUUUUCUAGAAAGGCUUAUUUUAAAGGAUCCUGGUCAGGGCCUAAACUCUACGGACCAGUCUGGCAGCAUCAUUUAACUGAUGAAUUAGUGUUAGUAUCAUUCUUUUAUUUUUUUAGCAUUUCAGUUAAACCCGUGUAGUUUUUCCUUGAUUUUUCCCUUGCUUGCUGACCGCGUCUUGCCCCGUCUCCGUCGGGAUUGCUCCCAAACUGGCCGAGCAUCCUCCUGCUUCUGCCGGGGCUGAUCCUGUCCUGCUCAGACCCAAGGGCCGGAUCCAGCCAGGGUGCAGCACACCCGAUCAGGCUGCAAAUUUGCUCCUUUUUGCAUAAACCGGAGCGGGGGAGGCCCCAAAAUCAGCAUGGAGGAUGGCGGAGGGGGGGCAGCCGUGCCCAGGGCUGUGCUGCCUCAUGUUUGGGUUGGUUUAGUUUUAUUAAUUAUGUGUCCGAAAUAAACAAUGUUGCGAGCUUUGGGGUGUUUUUUUUCCCUUCCCUUCCCCGCCCACCUCUUUAAUAAAGGCUUUAAUAAAGAAAUAAAUAAAAUCA